AUGGAAAAAGUUCAAUUGAGGGCUUAUCUUGCUGGGUAUUUAAUCCGAAUAAAUGUACCAACUCAAUAUUUAGAAUAUCCAGAAAUACGAAACAUCUAUAAAAAUUAUCUACAAGUAAUGGAUACAUUUAAGAAAACUCAUUUGGAAUAUCAAAAAACAAAAGGCGAUUUUAACUCCGUGAAGGGUACGGAAGAAAAAAUUGAUUCAUUAACAAAAAAUAUAGUAUUCUUGAAAUCACGUGUAACUGAAUCCAAGGAAAAGCUUAGUAAGAUUUCAGAUUUUAAUGAAAAUUUGGAUGGAAUUGAAACACUUUGGCAGCAGUACCAGAAGGAAGAACAAAUGAUGACGCAGAUGAAAGAUCAACAAACCUUAAUUGACAAAUUAGAUUCGGAAUAUGUUGAACUUCAACUUAAAUUACAUACUAUGCAAAGUACUAGCUUAAAUGUAACCAAUCCUUUGAAUCAAAUUCGUGAUGAAUUAGGUCAAAAUACAGAUAAUCUAAAUAAAUUAAGAAAUCAAAAUGAAAGUUCGAAGAAAAAGAUUGAACGAUUACGUCAAGUAGUAGCAAUGGUUAAUGUUACUGAAGACGAUAUGAAUACUUGGCGAGAAAGAAUUGAUGAUUUGCAAUUUGAGCUGAAAGAUUUAGAAGAUAAAAAACGCCAGCAAAUUGAUCCAUUAUCAAAUCGAUUGGCACCAUAUCGAAAAGAAUUAUCAGCAUUAACAGAUAAUCGAACUAAAAUGACUAACAUUUUUAAUAAAACCAAAACUGCAUAUCAGAUUGCAGAACGAUCAAUGGAAGAAAAGCGAACUGCUGUUGAUAAAAUAAUUGGGCACGAAGUGAAACGAGGUAGCGAGUUAAAAGACUACAUUCGUAAAUUACGCGAAAAAAAUCAACUUGUGGACUAUUAUAAAGAAAUAUUAUCUGGAUUCAAAUCUGAAUAUGAAAUAAAGCAGCGCACAAUGGAAAUUUUAAGUCAAAAACAUUCUGAUUUAAAAGAUGUUUUCGAAAAAGGCAAGUUGGGAAUUAAAAUUUCAGUGUUAACAAACAAAAAUUCGCCAAACUCUUUAUCAGAUGCAAUACAUCUCUGUAAACAAACAAAACUAAAUGUGGAUAAUACGAAAGCACAACUCACUGCGUAUAUGCAAGAAGUUUUACCUUUACGAGAAGCGGUUAAAGCUGGUAAUCAACGUUUAUUACAAGUGCAAAAAAAAUUUGAAGCUGACGUUGGAGGUUUGAAACAGCAACAAGUUCGAGCUGAACGUGAAAUAGAGUCGCUAAAAAUUGAAUUACAACGCAAAGAAGAUCAAUGGAAAAGUCUACAACGGGACAUUGCUAGUAAAGAAGAAAUUUUACAACAAAUGUUUGAGGAGACUGCUGGAGAUACAAACAUAACUGGGUCGCAGAAAAUUCAUUUAGAAAGUCAAUUAAAAGACCUUCAAGAAGAAAUCGAAAAAUUAACUGAAAAAAAGUCUAUGUUGGAAAAAACUCAGACUGAACGAAAAGAUAUUCAAAAAUCCUGGAAUACACUGAAAUUUAUCCUUCGUAUGUAG